AUGAAGCCUCUCGGCCUCGUUGCGUUGCUCUACCUCAUAGCCCCUUCUAACUGCUGGCCCAAAAUCAAAGACCAAAUCAGCCUGCAAUGGGCGAUCUGCGAUAUGAAUCCUCAUACUGUGUUAACGAAGCUGAAUGCAGUGGGACACAAUCCAGAAAAGCUUGACCCGAUCACAUAUUAUGAUACUACUCUCCCGGUGUACACACAGCAGGGACUCAUGUUCCGGACCAAAAUUCGCGGUGACCGGCAGAUCUCGGUAGUAAAGGCCCAUUUGCCAACACCAGAAUCUAAUGUGCGCCACUACGCAAAAGACUGUCGAUGGGAUAGGUACGGCAAUGAGACGACGUUUGUGUGUAAGCGGCAAGCUUUCUUAAAUACAAAUCAUAUCUGGAGCACAAAGCAGAAGCAGUUGGCGGAAGAGUUCCAGAGCAAUAUCGCCUGGGAAAGCCUUGUUAGCUACGGCCCCUACCUAAAUCCCAAGUGGAAGACGUUGCGCAUCGAUGGGUAUAGGGCCGUUUUUGAUGACGUAACCGUUCAGUCCCUGCACCUCAUGGAGCUGGAAGUCAAAGUACAUCGCACAGAGGGGGAUAGAGUCUAUCAGGCUAUUACGGAGCAUCUCAUCACGCGAGGAGUAGUGUUAUGUGCCCGACAGGAGUCUAAGACGAUGCGGCUGUUUCGCAUAAUAUGGGGCGCUGCAACACAAGACGAGUCGCGGGAUGUCUGUACCCACGAUCUCUAG